UGGUUGUACCGUCGCCAUAUUGAAAAAUCCAUCAGCCUUUUUCUUCAUCCGUCAUCCGUGCCUGAGCAAAUCGCAACUCGUUCGUAGCAAGAAGUUGUGUCUUCAUCGUCGAAGCGAAAGAAAAGCGCCCGGUGGUUUUGACCCUUGCUAGCUCCAGUGUUUUUCGCGUCUCCGACCGACAACAGCAACCAGCGGCGUGAUGGCGUACGAACCGAAGACGGCCCCGUUCGAUCCCCGUUUCCCCAACCAGAACCAGACCAAGUACUGCUACCAGAGCUAUCUGGAUUUCCAUCGCUGCGAGAAGGUCAAGGGCCAGGGCGACCAGGUAUGCAAAUACUUCAAGAACGUCUUCUCGUCGAUGUGCCCCAACUCGUGGGUUGAGAAGUGGGACACCCAGCGCGAUGAGGGUACCUUUGCCGGUCGCAUCUAGAAAGGUGUGCGUCGCAAACGAAGAUCGGCCGAAGCGUCCCGCACUGUUGCGUGCAGGAGCAAGAAGCGGAUAGUGAUAGGACGACGGCUGAAUUCUUUGCCCGCUCGCCCACUGCUUUGCUAGUAAAACCAUCAGGAGUAAAACCAAUUCAACCCCACAAAUCCGGAAGAAUGUGGCGAAACGCACGUGCGAUAAAAUUUAAAUACAACCAAUAUUAAACAAACAAGAACAAGAGAACUGUACCGUUAAACACUA